AUGACGGUCACAGUCGUGUAUGACAACUCUGAGGCCACAGAGCUGUGCGCGGCCCAGCACCUCUACCUCAAGCCCAUAGCGAAGCUGAUGAUCAACGUGCUGCUCCCGGAGAGCACAGAGCCCGUGAGGCCCUUCUCAAACUGGGAAGUUCUCGAUCAGCUGAAGAGCCUGAUUUGCCCUGACCAAUUCACCACAGUGCGGCUCUCCAAGAGCACCAAGGACUUCAUCCGAUUCGAGGGGGAGGCUGAAACCCGGAGCUUGGUGCAGAUCCUGAAGGCGAAGUUACACGGGAAGAUCAUCAAGCUGAACGGUUUGAAAACAGACUUGAGAGUCGUGGCGACAGAUGCUCAGGGAGAGUGGGAUCAUUUCCCCAAAGCAAUUGAGACCCCACUGAGCGAUGGGGCAGAAGAGCAGGACCUGGAGAAGAGCCCAGAUUCCAUAUAUUUUGAAGGCCUGCCCUGCAAGUGGUUUGCGCCAAAAGGUUCUACUGGGGAGAAGCCGUGUGAAGAAAUUCUUCGAGUGGUCUUUGAGAGCUUUGGAAAGAUCAAGAAUGUGGACAUCCCCAUGCUCGACCCCUACCGAGAAGUCAUGACUGGGGGAAGCUUCGGGAGUUUUAGCUUCGGCUUACAGACCUUUGAAGCCUUUAUUCAAUACCAAGAGUCAACUGAUUUUGUGAAAGCCAUGGAGUCCCUUCGAGGCAUGAAGUUGAUGCUUAAAGGAGAUGAUGGCAAAGCGUUGGCAUGUAACAUUAAGGUUAUGUUUGAUACCACCAAACACUUCAGUGAAGGAGCUAUAAGGAGGAGAAAUCAGGAAAGGCUAAAAUUACAAGAGCUGGAAGAAGAAAGGAAAAAAGAAAAGAGGAGAGAAGAGCAGCAAGCUGAAAGAAGAAGAAGAGAUGAGGAGAGGAAAACUCAGGAAAAGAGGAGGAAGGCCAGGUUCAGGAGGCAGGUCUUGAAGGAAAGAGACAGACAUCGGAGGAAGAAGCGGAGGGACAAAUCCAGAGCCAAGGUGUCUCAGGACCCCGACUCUUCCGAGGAGUGGGAGGAGAGGAAGUACCUGCUGGCUCAGAGGCGAGUGGAGGCCCUGCGAUUGCUCCGCAUACUCCUGAGGAAUAUUGCAAUUUGGAUAAGAAGGGAGAGCCUUGAGCUACAUUUGUGUAGCAUUUCAUGUGAGUCUAGCCACAAACUGCUUGAUAAAGAAAUUCUCACAUCACAGAGCAAUUGUUUGAUCCUCUCAGACAAUGAGCAGCAAGCACCCAGCAGGUGUGCAGAACACCCCAGGGGGAACCACUCUCCAGGCCGUCUUCUCCUCACUAUCCUGCUGCUUGCGGAGAUGAGUAGGGGUGAGGAAGAGGUGGCGCGCAGAAACUCUUCCUGGGGAUCCACACGAUUUAACCCACAGGUGGUAGACCCUGAACCUGACGAGGAUCCCGCUCUGGAGGAAACACUGGAAACUUUGGUGAGAGAAGAGGUAAACACCCAGUAUCUUCAAACUCCAGAGAAAAUGCCAAAAUAUCCGAUUGCCAAGCUGGACAAUAAACGAAAACAAAAAAUGAAGAGAAGAACUAGGACUCAUUCACGGAAAUCUUCCCGCCACUUGCGCAAGAAAAAAUUAAGGUGUUCUACAAGAAAAGAGAGACCAGCGCAACUGUUGACUGGUAGAUACAAUCACAGUUUCAUCUCUGACCAGAAUUUAUCACAAAUUCCAACGAUCCAUGCUCAGUCUUGGGAGAGAGAAGAUGGCAAUAGGCCUAAUAGAUUCUAUGCUUCCAGAGAACCUGAGGGAGACUGUAGCAGAAGACAGAAGAUCUAUGAGACAGAUAAAUUCAUUGACUAUCUAUUAAACUAUUACCGAACUCCUCCAUAUGCCCGCAUGCUCCUCAAACCAGGUUACAUUGCAAGCCCUUCCCAGUGGCAAAGGGCUGUCUAUGCCCAGGGAGAUGGAGUUAAGAUCCACUUGAGAAGAUGUGGACAUCAUGUAACCAGCUGGAGCCCCAUUCCAGAGCUGGAAAGGAGGGAACGUGCUCAAGAAGAUGAUUGUUGGCCAAAGCCCUAUACUCAAGAUCCUGACACUUUUAAUCCCCAUGGAACAGAAAAUGUAGACUAUGCCAAAGAUUAUUCCAAGGGCAUUCAAAAUUAUCUCAAGGAUAUGGCCAGUGAGGCUGGUGAUCCGUUUUCCUUGGUGGAUGGAGAGAGCCAUCUUAGGGACGAGAUCCAUGGCCAACAGGUCAAAGACCUUAAGUCCAGAAAGAGAAAACGAGUUUCUUCACCCUACAGGUCAGCAGGCUUAGCUUUAGAACUGAAAGAUGUCUUAGAGGAAAUCAGUAGUGAUUCUGAAUGCUUCCAGGAAGCCCACAGCAGCAUAAAUAAAGAGGACCAAGAGGAUUCAGAGAGUGUAUAUCAUAGCUCCCCAGAAAAAGAACCCUUUGACCCAGAUGAUCUCAUUUUCUGGGAUGCAGAAAGUAGAUGCGGUCAGCAGACCUUGUAUUCAAACUGUAAACAGAGCAGUGUGAAAAAACACCCUCAGUACAAGUUUAGGAAACCAGACAAGAGGACUAAGCGUAAACUGAGUUACUCGUGGCUUGAGAGUAAAGACAAUUCCAUUAGAGAUGAUAGAAGCAACAGCAGGAAGAGGGGGGAGCCUGCCCACAAAUACUCCUUUGAUGACGGUUACUAUCAUAACCCCAGUUCCAUGGAACCAUUCAAGACUGUUACAAGAAAGAAGCAGAGGUUUAAUGGUCGAGCAUUUAACCAGAAAAUGAACUAUAGAUCAUCUCAUGUGCCAAUGAUGUCAUCACAAAGCGCUCACACUUCGUAUCCGAGAGAGUUUUCCACACGAAGAGAAGCUCCCUGGAACUCAAACUAUAGCCAGGAUAAAAGAAGGUUUAAAAGACGUGAGGAUUCUGAAGAUUUCAUGCUGAAUUCUGACAAUUAUUAUCAUAGACAUAAUAAUCAGGAAGACACUGGCUACUUGGAAAGGUACAGGGGCAACAGCUACUCUAGUCCUUUGUAUUUUCAGAUGUUUUGA